UUCAAGUCAAAAUAGUCAUGAAGGCUACAACACUCCUUCUAGCAACAGGAAUCCUAGCUGCCGUAUUAUUUCUGGUAGAAGGAACUAAAUUUCCCCAAAAACGAGCUUUUGGUAUUGGCAAUCGUGGUCAACCACCUGUGGUUGUGGGUGGACAAAAUAAUUGUGUCUGCCAGCAAGGUCCACCAGGGCCUGCUGGAGUUCAAGGUGUGAACGGUCCUCCUGGUGAAAAGGGUGAACGUGGGUUUGAUGGAUUGAUAGGAUUACCCGGUCCAGCUGGACCUGCAGGACCUCGUGGUUCACGAGGCCUUACCGGACCACCUGGCCAACCUGGUCCACCUGGGGCCCGUGGCAAUCGUGGACAGAGAGGAGAUAUUGGGCCACCUGGUCCAAUAGGGCCUGUGGGACCCAUGGGGCCUAUAGGUCCAACAGGCCCUGCAGCCUAGGUUAUUUCAUUGAUAAAAAUUACUGUACUCAACUGAAAAAGAGAAAUAAAAAGCUUAAAAGAAAAACUUAUU